AUGGAAAUCAUCAUCGUAGGCGCCGGUCUCGGCGGUCUAACCUGCGCGAUUGCAUGCCGCCGCUUCAUCCCAGAUGCGCAUGUUACGGUCCUCGAGCGGGCGCCUGAAGCGCGCGAGGUCGGGGCGGGGAUCCAGAUCCCGCCGAAUGGAACCGCCGUUCUGAAACAGCUGGAUCUGCUGUCGAGGGUUCUGGAGAGGGGGAGUGUUGUGCGCCAUGUUGAUUUCCGGCGGUAUGCGGAUGGGCGGAUUCUAAGGUCCAUGCCGUUUGGGGAGGAUGUUGUGGAGGAGUUUGGGGUUCCUUGGGUGAUUAUUCAUAGACAGGAUUUUCAUCAGGUCUUGCUUGAUGAAGCGGGUCGGUUGGGCGUUGAGAUUCGACUGAAUGCUGAAGUCACGGAUGUGGUAUUUGACGCACCCGAAGUUAUUCUCGCUAGUGGGGAGAGGGUCGCGGGGGAUGUCAUCGUCGGCGCGGAUGGCCUCCACUCUCGAAUCCGGGAUAUCGUCCUCGACAAGCCAACAAGACCCCAAGAAACAGGCGACCUCGCCUACCGCGCAACCAUCAAGCGCACCGAGCUCGAAGCCCUGAAUGAUCCAGCUAUACAUGAGCUCUGUGCUCAAACGUCAGUUACAUCCUGGCUAGGUCCGGAUAAACACUCUAUCUUCUACCCCGUGCGGAACGGGGAGGAGUUCAACCUCGUCCUGCUGCGGCCGGAUAAUCUGGAUACGGGUGUCAGGAGGGUCCAAGGGGACGUUGAGGAAAUGACGGAGAGUUAUACGGGGUGGGAUGAGAGACUGACGAAGUUGAUUUCGUGCGUAUCCGCGGUGACGAAAUGGAAGCUCACGCAUCUACCGCAGUUAGAGACCUGGACGAGGGGCCCAGUCGCCCUCCUCGGCGACGCAUGCCACCCAACGCUGCCCUACCAAGCGCAGGGCGCCGCAAUGGCGGUGGAAGACGGCUUCGCGCUGGGAAAACUGCUCGGACUGCUUCACACCUCUCUUCAAGCAGUUUCCACCGAUGAACCGACAAUAUCUCCACAAUCGCCACUUCACGAAUACAUCCUGCGUAUCCUGGAGGUAUACGAGGGCAUUCGGAGACCCCGCACGACGCGCACCGUCCAAGCUGCCGUUGGCAAUCGGAGGGUCUUCCAUGUUCCUGAUGGAGUUGGGCAGGUUAUCAGGGACUUUGUUCUGGGGUAUGCGGGGGUGACGUGGAAGAGCGAUUGGACGUAUGGGUUGUUCUCGGGGAGGAUGAAGAGGAUGUUGAGGCAUGAUCUUGCGGGGGAUUGUGAGAGGGAGUUUAAGGGGGUUGUGAAGUCGUUGUUGAUUGAUUAG